UCUAUAAGGAUGCUGAGCCAAGGUGGGCCUUGCACCAGUAUGACUGAGCCCCGCCAGGAGUUCAACGUGAUGGACGAUCAUGCCGGGACCUACGGGCUUGGGGACAGGAAAGAUCUCCCCUCUCAGGGGAGCUACACGCUGCUGCAGGACCACGAGGGCGACGGGGACCACGGCCUGAAAGAGCCUCCCCUGCGGACCCCCACCGGUGACAGAUCUGAAACCGCUGAUGCUAAGAGCACUCCGACAGCCAAAGACGUGACAGCGCCCCUAGUGGAUGAGGGAGGCCCCGGCAAGCAAGCAGCCGCUCAGCCCCACACGGAGAUCCCAGAAGGAACCACAGCUGAAGAAGCAGGCAUCGGAGACACCCCCAACCUGGAAGACCAAGCGGCUGGACAUGUGACUCAAGGCCCACAGAGGGGAGAGGCGGUCCAGGAAGGCGUCCUCAAAGAGCCGAGGCGUCAUGGAGAUGCGGCCACGGGCCUGAGGACCCCGGGUCUGACCCGCCAGCACAUGCCCGACGUACCUGGGGCUCCCAUCCUGCCUGAGGGCCCCAGAGAAGCCGCGGACCCGCCCUUGGGGACAGAACCCGAGGACACAGUGGGAAGUCGCUGUGGCCUGGGGCUGCUGGAGCACCAGCCUUUGGGAGGCCUGCGCCAGGAGGGGCCGCCUCUGAAGGGGCAUCAGGGCAAAGAGAGGCUGGGGGGUGAGGAGGUGGAUGAAGACCGCGACAUCGACGAGUCCUCGCCCCAGGACUCCCCUCCCUCCCAGGAUUCUCCUCCCUCCCAGGUCUCCCCUCCCUCCCAGGUCUCCCCAGGUCUGCAGAGCUCCCCAACCCGAGGCGGGCCAGCCCCCCAGACAGUUUCUAGAGAAGCCACUGGCACCCCCGGUUUCCCAGCUGAGGGUGCCAUCCCCCUCCGUGUCGAUUUCCUCCCCAAAGUUUGCACAGAGCCCCAGGCCGCAGAGCCUGAGGGGCCCAGCGCGGGGCCUGUGGAAGGGCAUGACGGGCCCCCCGAGUUCACGUUCCACGUGGAAAUCAAAGCCAACGUGCAGAAGGAGCAGGGAGGCUCCCAGGUGGAUGUGGGAGGGGCUGCCCCUCCGGGGGCCCCUGGAGAGGAUUCAGAGCCCCUGAGCCCCUCUGAGGGAGAGGACACAAAAAAGACUGACCUUCGAGAACCACCUGAAAAGCAGCCUGCGGCUGGGCUGCCCGGGAAGCCCGCCAGCCGGGUCCCUCAACUCAAAGCUCGCAUGGUCAGCAAAGGCAAAGACGGGGCUGGCACCGACGACAAGAAAACCAAGACAUCCACACCUUCCUCUGCUAAAACCCUGAACAGUAGGCCCUGCCUUAGCCCCAAAGGCCCCCCUCCUGGUAGCUCAGACCCUUUGAUCAAACCCUCCAGCCCUGCCGUGUGCCCAGAGCCAUCCUCCUCUCCUAAACACGUCUCUUCUGUCACGCCCCGAACUGGCGGUUCUGGAGCAAAGGAGAUGAAAGUCAAGGGGGCAGACACUAAAACUGGAACCAAGAUUGCCACACCCCGGGGAGCGGCCCCUCCAGGCCAGAAAGGCCCGGCCAAUGCCACCAGGAUUCCAGCAAAAACGACGCCGUCCCCAAAGACCCCGCCAGGCACGGCUACCAAGCAAGUGCAGAGAAAACCACCCCCCGCGGGGCCAAAGCCUGAGCGAGGUGAAUCUGGGAAAUCUGGGGAUCGCAGUGGCUACAGCAGCCCCGGCUCCCCGGGCACCCCNNNCAGCCGCUCCCGCACCCCAUCCCUGCCAACCCCGCCCACCCGGGAGCCCAAGAAGGUGGCUGUGGUCCGCACGCCACCCAAGUCGCCGUCUUCAGCCAAGAGCCGCCUGCAGACUGCCCCCGUGCCCAUGCCCGACCUGAAGAACGUCAGGUCCAAGAUCGGCUCCACCGAAAACCUGAAGCACCAGCCAGGAGGCGGGAAGGUGCAGAUAAUUAAUAAGAAGCUGGAUCUUAGCAACGUCCAGUCCAAGUGUGGCUCAAAGGAUAAUAUCAAACAUGUGCCCGGAGGCGGCAGUGUGCAAAUAGUCUACAAACCCGUGGACCUGAGCAAGGUGACCUCCAAGUGCGGCUCAUUAGGCAACAUCCAUCACAAGCCAGGCGGCGGCCAGGUGGAAGUCAAAUCCGAGAAGCUGGACUUCAAGGACAGGGUCCAGUCGAAGAUCGGGUCUCUGGAUAAUAUCACCCACGUCCCUGGGGGAGGGAAUAAAAAGAUUGAAACCCACAAGCUGACCUUCCGUGAGAACGCCAAAGCCAAGACGGACCACGGGGCGGAGAUCGUGUACAAGUCGCCCGUGGUGUCCGGGGACACGUCUCCGCGGCACCUCAGCAACGUGUCCUCCACGGGCAGCAUCGACAUGGUAGACUCGCCCCAGCUCGCCACGCUAGCUGACGAAGUGUCCGCCUCCCUGGCCAAGCAGGGUUUGUGAUCAGGCCCCCGGGGCGGUCAAUAAUCGUGGAGAGAAGAGAGUGAGAGAGUGUGGAAAAAAAAAAGAGUAAUGACCUGGCCCCUCGCCCUCUGCCCCCCAGCUGCUCCUCACAGAUCGGGUAAUCGGUUAAUCACUUAACCUGCUUUUGUCGCUCGGCUCUGGCUCGGGACUUCAAAAUCAGUGAUGGGAAUAAGAGCCAAGUCCAUCUUUCCAAAUUGAUGGGUGGGCUAAGAAUAAUAAAAUGUUUUUAAAAACACGUUAAAGAUGGCCACACCCAACAUUUCCUUGGGCAAUUCCGUUUGAUUCUUUUUUCCCCCCUCUGAGUAGAAGAGGAAGGAAGUCAGGCUCUGAAAGGUGCUGCUGGGGUUUUCAGGGGCCUGGGGGUGCCCUCUGGCCCCAUCCUGGGGAUGUCACAGAGGCUGUGGCAGCAACAAAGGAUUUGCAACUUGGUAUGUUGGUGUGAGCUGGACAGGUAGGGGUGGGGGGAGACACAGGAGAGGCUGAGGCAGGGGUGGGCAGGGGAGCGGGAGAGAGGGAGGGGGGAGGUAAGAGUACGAGGGAGAGGAGACCUGCUCCCUAUGGAAGGGCAGCAGGGAGCACAAGCAGCCUCCACUGGGGCCUCCUGCGGCUGGUGGCCAGGGUCUGUGCAGGUGGGUGUGCCUCCCUCAAGGGCAGGGCAGGGCAGGGCAGGGCAGGGCAGGCAGGUUGUGGAAAAGGGCUCCAGUCCUUCCCACCUGCCUGGCAGGAGAAGGCUGGCUGGCGGGAGGGUGGCUGGCAGCCGGUGGGUGACUUCCUUAGAGAAGACUGGCCCCCGGCCUCUGUCCCCCCUGCAGGGGCGGGGCGGGGCGGUCCUGACCUGAAGGGCUUCCCUCCACCCCAGGGACACUCUGUUCAAUUGCGUUCUGAUGGUUGGUAGUGCAGCCACGAUUUUGGCCACCUCACUGAUCUGGGACUUUAGGGCUAACCAGUUCUCUUGUAAGGACCUGUGCCUCUUGUGGGACACCCGCCUGUUCCCAAGCCUGGGCCGCUGGCAUCUCUGGAGUGUGCGAGGGGGGGCGGGGCGCAGAAGGGGGUCCUGAGCCUCCUGUUCCUCCCACCCGACUGCAGCCAGCUGCCUGGCCCCACCACACCCUGUGUCUGCUGGGUGAAGCCCAGUCACUGCCUGUGCCCCUCAUUAUGUCACACUGUCCCGAGUCCCCAGCCUCACCACCCUUCUCAGUAGUUCACAUUGUUUGGAUGUGGGAGGCACCUAGUCUUAACUAAGGGGUGAAAUCAAGGGAAGGCAAAGUCCGGGCACAAGGUGGGACCUCGGUUUCUAGGUCUAAGUUACACUCAUCCAACUGGCCUGUCCCUCAUGAUGAACCCGAUGACCUUACCUCCCAUCCAGACAUGGGGCUUGGCAAGGCCAGGAUGGGGCUCAGCAGUGACCCUGGAUGUGGACUUGGAGAGCCUUUCCCUCCCAGAAGGCCUGCCCCUUCCUGUGCUGAGCUGCAGCAGGUUGGAUGUCCUGGUUGUCAGAGAUGGCACCAGGACAGGCAGGCCCCCCGGGAGGGACCACGUUCCCUGUCCCUCACCUCCACCCCAGCCUCUGACUGCCCGCCUCGCAGAGAGCCCCACGCUGCUCAGCCUCAAGUGCAUAGAGUCAGCCCGCCACACCCCACAAGGGGACACGCCCACUUGGAAAUGGUUCUCCCCGUCCCAGCUGGAAGCAAUGCUGUCUGUCCACUGGAGCAGCUGAACAUAUACAUAGAUGUCGCCUUUCCCUCCCCGUCUGCACCUGUCGCGUUGUCGUCAGAUUUGUCUGUUUAUGCUUGGAUUCACCUGAGUGACUAUGAUAGUGAGAAGAAGAAAAAAAAAAGGACGCAUGUAUCUUGAAAUGCUUGUAAAGAGGUUUCUAACCCACCUGGUGGGGGUCCUGGAUCGCUCUCCCCUGCGCUGGGACCCCAGGCCAGUGUGGCUCUCCCCUGCUUGGCCUCCCGAGAGGUUUCCUUCAGCAUCUGGGACCAGCAGAGCGCAGAUUCUGACAGCCAGCGGAGGACCCUCGGCUGGAAGAAGGCCUGACGCACAGGACGAGGACCAAGGAAGCUGGUGCCCCUCCCCACCCCGGGCUUCCCUUUGCCGGGCAGAGCUGUGUCUUGGGCUGGCUUGGCUUGCAGCGUGAAAAUGCCCUCUCUGGCCACAGCCUGGAGAAGCCCCACAGCAGCCCUGCAUCACCAGGAAGAUGAAGCCAGCGCCAGCUGGGGAAAGGUCCCAGGGCCUUGCUGCCACAGCUGCCCGGCAGAGGAAGGAUGAUGCGCCAGGAGACACCGUUCCCGAAGCCUGGCCAGAGCCCCGAGGACCUUGCAGGAGUCCGUCUGCUGCCUCGGGGAAAGGGAAGCAGCCUCUGUGGAAAUGGCUGCUUAAAGAAAUUCAGCCUCGGGACCGGUUCUGCCACUUCCGGUUUAGAUAGUUGAAGGCAACUGGGCUGGAGGCUUCAUUUGCAGUCAGAGCUUUCGGCUGUCCUGCGAGUCCCAGCUGCUCUUGGGGUUCUGAGAAAGAAAAAGGAAAUGUGGUUUAAAGGACCGGUAGCUGUUAGAGGUGGCCCCUCAUCACUGCCACUAAUGCGCUGCAUCUCCUCUUCCUGUAGUUCCUGUGCCCUGUUCUCUGACACCUGACUCCGAGGGCCCUGGAAUCUCCCUGGGAGGGUGGGCUGCUUGGGGUCUGCCUCAAAAUUAUGGUUUAGGUCAGUGUUGGGGAGGAGAGACAAAGGGGUGCUGGCUUGUGACCUUAAAUGAGGACAAUCCCCCAGGGCUGAGUUCUCCCCAUUCCCUCUCUCCAGUCAAUGUCCCUUGGGUGGGCUGGGUAUGCUCUAUGCCUGGUUCCUUCAAGCUCUCCAUUCUAUCAAUAGUUCCAUUUAAAUUGACUUCAAUGGUGAGACUGUAUCCUGUUUGCGAUUGCUUGUUGUGCUAUAGGGGUUGGGGGGAGGAACCUGUAAGAUAGUUACCAUGGGCAAGGGGAAGUCUUGGAGUACAGCAGUUAAACCUCCUUGUAACCCUUUUCUUCACCAUUUCAACCGCAUUUGCUAGAGGUCCUGGGGGUGCCGCCUUUUCACCGACUGGAUUCCCAAGUGCAGUAGCUGCCAGCUGCUUCCCAUGUCCUUCCCAGCCAGGUGCAGGCGGUGAGGCUUGUGGAGGAAUCUGGAGAUGUGGUUGCUCUGGUCUCUUGCUGGGCCCCAAGCCCACAAUCGUGCCUCCCAGACCCUGGCAAACUUUGCUGUAAGCCGUGGGCACCUGUGUCACUUUUCCCACUGACUCUGGACAUGCAGCCUGUAUCUAGCAGCUGCCAAGAUCUUUUCCUUCACCCUCUUUUAUCUUUGUCCCCCAAGAGGCAGGGAUGAGGGUAAAGAUGGAGGUCACUGUGUCCCAUCUAUAGAUCCGUGGCUUCAUGAGACUUCUAGUUGCUCUUCAGUUUUGAAAAGGGUUGUCCUGGGCACUGACCCAGGCUCACCUCCUAAUGGACUUAGCCCAUGAAUUUGCAGUGUCUGGCAGGGCAAUUUCUGACACUUGCAAGUCCCAUGAUUUCUUCAGUAAUUUUAAGGGUGGGGGGUGGGGUGGGGGGAAACAAUCUUAGCUUAGCUUCCUGUCUGUGAAUGUCCAUAUGGUGUAUUGUGUGUUUUAACAAAUGAUAUACACGGACUGUUGCUGUAAAAGUGAAUUUGGAAAUAAAGUUAUUACUGAUUAAA